UUGAGUAACACACACACACACACACACACCCAGCUGACGACAGCUCCAGCCACGCAUUCUGUCACUUCAACACACGCAACUUUACACAGUGUUUAGCUCGUGUGUUCAUCAUGCUGGAGAUCUGAAACACGACUCUCCCACCCGGGAUGUUUGGCGACGCGAGGUCGAGGUCUAUGAGGUGAUACUGGCAUACUGUCAUACUGGGAUACUGGGAUACACUGGUCUACACCAUGCAGAAUGAGGAGGGGAACACGGACAUCGCGUUUAAAACCACUGGGUGCUCCUGGUUGAGUCCAGUCAGCGAGCGGGUCGGCGUUCCUCUGGAUCAGGUGAACUUCAUUGCCUGCCAGCUGUUUGGGCUCGCGGUGGCGUUCUGGUUCCGGCUCGCUCUCGGUCCCCAUCGAGUCUCUGCUGAGCUUCGGCAUGCGGUCGCGAUCGUGUUCGGUGCUGCGAUCCUCAUCUUCUGCUUCGGCUGGUAUGCUGUGCAUGUCUUCCUGCUGGUCUUGGCUUGUUAUGGUAUAAUGAUCACAGCCAGUGUCCACAAUCUUCACAGAUAUACUCUGAUUGCCUCGCUCGGAUACCUCACGCUUUGUCAAGUGAGCAGAGUCUUCAUAUUCGACUAUGGGAUCCUGUCCACAGAUUUCUCAGGGCCUUUGAUGAUAAUAACACAGAAGGUCACUACUCUUGCCUUUCAGGUGCAUGAUGGGAUGAGUCGAAAGCAAGAGGAACUUACAGACGAUCAGAGGCAUCUGGCAGUCCGCUCGCGCCCGUCUCUGUUGGAGUAUCUGAGCUACAAUAUAAACUUCCUGAGUAUCUUGGUGGGCCCUUGUUGUCUCUAUAAAGACUACACUGAGUUCAUCCGGGGCCGGCAUGUGAAGCGAGUCCGAGACAGCGGUUCACGGCAGAACGGCGGGGAUAAAGUGCCUGAGCCGUCGCCUGUGAGGACUGUGGUUAAUAAGCUCCUCGUGUGCGUCUGCUGUCUGCUCUGGUUCUUCAUCAUCACCAAAGCGUUCCCCAUAUCGUACAACGUGGACCCGCAGUUCGUCAGCGACGCCUCUUUCGUGACCCGAUUGGCCUACGCGCUGAUCUCCAUCCAGGCCGCCAGACCCAAGUUCUACUUCGCAUGGACCCUCGCGGAUGCGGUCCACAAUGCAGCGGGGUUUGGAGUCAGUGGUGUGAACGCGAGAGGAGAAGUGUCCUGGGACCUGGUCUCCAACGUCCACAUCUGGGAGAUUGAGACAGCAACAAGUUUUAAAUCAUUUAUCGACAACUGGAAUAUACAGACUGCUCUUUGGCUAAAACGCAUCUGUCAGUUCAGUGUCACGUCUCUCAUGCUGUCAUCUGUUACGCUCCAGUGUGUGUCACGAUCGAGCCCCGUUUCACCGCAUGCCUCUCACAUUCGUGCUGUCGGCGAUCUGGCAUGGAGUUUACCCCGGAUACUACUUUACAUUCAUCACCGCUAUACCCAUCACCUUAGCAGCUCGCACUGUGCGCAGAAACUUCCGGGAGUAUUUCUUGUCUUCUCGCCGGCUCAAGAUCUGCUACGAUGUUGUGACCUGGGCUGCCACUCAGAUGGCCAUCUGCUACACGGUCAUGCCUUUCCUUCUGCUGGCCAUCAAACCCAGCAUGCAGUAUUACAGAUCGAUGUACUUUCAUGUGCAUGUCAUCAGUAUUCUGGCUGUGAUCCUCUUACCCAGCAAACCUGAAAGACUUGACCGACAUUCGAACAAUAAUGUGAAGGAGGACUGAACCCUUCUGUGUGUGUGUGUGUGUGUGUGUGUGUGUGUGUGUGUGUGUGUGUGCACUGGCUCACACAGACAAAGCCUACUUUGUGUGAACACAUUUUAAAAAGAGCUGGUCUGGGUAUUCACUUGCUCACAGGCCAGCGCUGAGCCGUACACACACACACACACACACACACACACACAUAUCACACCAGAGACACACUCUAUUCAAACUAAUAACACACACAAACCCAGCUGGAGAACGGAUAAGGGAACACACAGUUUGAGUAGUGCUGGACUCACUAUGAGGCAAAUAUGUGCCAUCUUUACUAAGUAAAUACAUGCUGCCCAUUUUAAUGGUCUUUUGAAAUAGUUGAACACAAUUUUUCCUAAUUUAUUUUGGAUAUAACCGCAUGAUCACUUUAAACUGAUGCUGAGAGAGAAUUGUUUGAUUUGUUUUUCUUUUUUUAUAAAAAUGAAGUGAAUUGAUAUUUUAUACUAAUGUGUAAAUAAUAAUGUAUUUAAUAAUAGUGUUAAGAUGUCCAUUUUUAGUAAAAUAAAGUGUAGUAAAUAUAUAAUGGCUAUGAAUAAUAAAUAAUCAUUGCUGCUGCAAAUAUUAACUGAAGAAUAGUCAAAUUGACAUGUUGUGGAAGUUGAUGGCCAAAUAAAGAGGUUUGUGAAUGAAUUGAUGAGUAUUGAAUGUG